CCAGUCGGUACCACGUGGAGGUAGGAAUAGAGCAUUAUGCCUUGAACCUCACUGGGGUCUAUUUUAUUCUAAAUAGUACGGGUGAACUGUUAAAAAGCACUGCCCAGCCGUUUACCAAAUCUAGCUCUCCUCAAUAUCGAAUCAUUGUUGCUGAAAGAGCUUGGCGUUGACGAUGUGUUCAAGAUAUUCAGUACAUCUUCAGAGAUUCUAUCCCGAAGUGAUUUUUUCUGCUCUUACGAUACUAUUUUAAGCGUCAUUAAAAAAGCAUAUUCAAACUCUUUUUUCUCUUUUUUUAAAUGACAUACAUGAAAACUAGCCCCCCCUAGAAAUUUUCCUUAGUUGCGCCCAUGUAUAUAUCAAAUAAUGAAACAUCUUGAAACUUCUUCGAACAUUAGCAACGUUUGAAUGACUGUUUGAUUAAUCGCACGAAAGCGGCAAUAUAGAACACUGCGUAAUGGUUUAGUUUUUAUUAUAAACUACAUCAAGAAUACACAGAGUUGUGCAAAAAUACAAAUAUAUUGAUUCUUAAUUGAAAAUCAGUUCACUCUGACAUUUUUUAAUGAAAUGUUAUAUGAUGAUAAAAUCGGGUAAAAAAAUGUGAUAAAAUCGGAGGCAGACAAAAUCUGGGCGUGAUAUAAUCGGGUGAUUACUGUAUUCACAACCAUCCUGGAUCUUAAAUAUUUUUUUUUAAUAAAAUGUUAACCUCUUCAGUUUUUAUUUCUCUUUUUACAACGAUUGAGCUCUAUUAGCUUUUACAUAUUCAAUAUUCAUCUUUUCCUUAGAAAUGAAAAUCUGUUUCAAUAGACAAGAAAGGUUAAAUUCCGACAGCGGAGAACUUUGCUUAACAUUGGCUCAAAAUUAUUAUUUUAAUUUUCAAAUAGGCCUUGCGGGAUACCAACCGCGAUGUAAUAUUAAAAAAACCUAAAUUAAUCCACCUAUCGGUCAGACCCAGCCUUUCUCAUUCAAACUUAUUAUUUGUAAAAAUAGAUUUACAUGAACGUUUCAAUCUAAUAAAUGUGUAUUUACUUUUUGGGUUCUAAAAUAAUGAUGUUGUAAUAUAAGUAUAAAAUAUGAAAUUUGACGUAACGUAAAUGCUCAAUAAAUAGCGAAAUAAAAGUAAUGAUUCUUAAUUUCGAACAAUUCAAUCACGAGCGAUACCGGGAACAUUCAAAUGGUACGAUAGCACAUUCAAAUUAUAUUGUGGCCACAUAUAUUGAUCAAAGCAGGUAUAGUUUUAAAUAGCCUUUGAAUUUCUUUUCUUUCCAUAACUUUUGAACCACAUAUCAAAUUGUUAUGAAGUUUGUUAUUUGUAAGUUUGAGAGAUGACUCGUUCGUAUGACACUAGUAAUGUUCAAAUAAGUCGUGUAAUCUUUAAGAUAAUAGAAUUUCGUUGUUUUAUUAACAAUUUAAUACAUAACGGUUGCCUAGUUCGAUUAUAAUCAAAUGAAAUGGGAACGUAUAGGGCAGCCAAACUUUGAAACCACGUGUUAAAUCAUAAUUCAUCAGUUAACUCUUAACUAGCCUGUUCAUCUGAUAAUACAAUUGAUCAAAUCGGUUGUGUACCUUCUGAGAUAAUGACGUUUCGUGAUUUUCAACAUUCGGUACAUUACAGACGAAGUUACAGUUCGAUUACAGUAAAAUUCAAUAGGGUGUUAUGAGUCAGCUAGACCUUUCAUUUGACACUUAUUUCGUGAAAAUCGGUUCAGCCAUCUCUGAGAGAAGUGAGUGAGUUUAUGUAUUCUUCGGAAUAUGUUUCUUUUCAUAGCUAGAUUCCACAUUUUUAAACAUAACAGGCAAAGUAAUAGUCCGAUUGCAAAAAAAAUCUAUAGGGUCUUAUGAAGUAACUAGACCUUUCAUAUGACACUGAUUUUGUGGAAAUCGGUCCAGCCAUCUCUGAGAAACAUUAGUGAAAUUAAACAGUCUUCAGAAGACGUUUCUUUUCGUAACUUUUGAACCACAUGUUCAAUCUAUAUAAAAUUCAAAAGUUAAGGGUUUUUAAAAUAGCCCGUUCAUUUGAUACCAAUUUUAUUGAAAUCGGUUGUGUGGUUUCUGAGAUAUUAAUGUUUCGUGAUUUUUAAAUUUUUAAACAAAACCUCCAAAAUAAAAAUCCAAUUACAAUGAAAUUUGAUAGGGUCUUAUGGGGCAACUAGAACUUUCAUUUGCAUGAAAUUCCAUUAAAAUCGGUCCAGCCAUCUCUAAGAAAAGUGAGUGAAAAUAAGAAUCUGCACAUACACACACACACACAUACAGAAAAUGCUCAGCUCGUCGAACUGAGUCGAGUGAUAUAUGCCAUUCGGCCCUUUGGAGUACUUUCAUAUCUUCGGUUUUGCAAGUUAAAGUGCUGAAGAAAUAGCGAAAUAAAAGAAAUGACUUUUAAUUUCGUACACAGCAGUACCGGGAACGUACGAAUAGCACAAUACCAAAUUUAAAUUUUGUUGAGGCCAUAUGUUUUGAUCAAAGCAGUUACAGUUUUAAAUAGUCUUUGAAUUUCGUUUCUUUUCACUUUUGAACCACAUAUCAAAUUGCUAUGAAAUUUCUUACUUGUGAGUUUGAGAGACAACCUGUUGAAAUGACACUAGAUAUGUUCAAAUAAGUCGUGUGAUCUUUGAUAUAAUAGACUUCCGUUGUUUAUAUAAUUUAAUACAUAACGGUUGGAAUAAAAAUACGAUUAUAGUCAGAUAAAAUGGGAACCUAUAGGAAAGCCAAACUUUUUAUUUGACACUCAGAUUGUUGAACUUAGUCCAGCCAUUUUUGGGAAAACGAGUGAAUUUGAAAAAUCACCGGAAUAUGUUUCUUUUCACAAUUUUUGAACCACGUGUUUAUUCACUAUAAAAUUCAUCAAUUAACCUUUAACUAGCCUGUUCAUCUGAUUUGAUGAUCAAAUCGGUUGUGUACCUUCUGAGAUAAUGAAGUUUCGUGAUUUUCACAAUUUGGUACAUUACAGACGAAGUUACAGUCCGAUUACAUUAAAAUUCAAUAGGGUGUUAUGAGGCAGCUAGACCUUUCAUUUGACACUGAUUUCGUGGAAAUCGGUUCAGCCAUCUCUGAGAAAAGUGAGUGAGUUUGAGUAGUCUUCGGAAUAUGUUCCUUUUUAAUAGCUGGAUUUCACAUUUUUAAACAUAACAGGCAAACUAAUAGUCCGAUUGCAAAACAAAUCAAUAGGGUCUUAUGGGGCAACUAGACCUUCCAUUUGACACUGAUUUUAUGAAAAUCGGUUCAGCCAUCUCUGAGAAACAUGAGUGAGAUUUAAAUAACUUCUGAACCUCACGUUCAAUCUUCAUGAAACUCAAAAGUUAAGGGUUUUUUAAGUAGCUUGUGCAUUUAAAACCAAUUUUGUUAAAAUCGGUUGUGUAGUUUCUGAGAUAAUGAUGUUUCGUGAUUUUCACAUUUUUGAACAUAACCUCUAGACUAAAAAUCCGAUUGCAAUGAAAUUCAAUAGGGUCUUAUGGGGCGACUAGACCUCUCAUUUGCAAUUAAUUUCAUGGAGAUCGGUCCAGCCAUCUCUGAGAAAAUCGAGUGAGAUUGGGAGAGCGUUACACACACACACACAUACACACACACACAUACGCACACACACACACAUACAGAAAAUGCUCAGCUCGUCAAACUAAGUCGAUUGAUAUACGAGAUUCGACACUUUGGAGCACUUUUAUACCUUUGGUUUUUCCAGUGAUUGCUAUACCUUUCUAGGAGAAAGGCAAAACUAAAAUUGUAAAAUGACAAAAAGUCGUGAAAAUCCAGUCAAUUCGCAUGGAAUUGAAAAUCAAUCACAAACAAAAAACAAUGUUUUUCGGAUACGCAAUUUUUCAAGCAAUUACUUGCAAACCGCAAAUGUAUAGAGGAAAAAUCGACAAAGAAGUUUCGCGCAUUUCUUUCGACGCACACAAUUGAAUUGAAAUAUUUUACCUAUGAGGUCAUCGGUUCAAACCUGAGCUCAGCAUUGAUAAGUUCGUAAUCUUAUCUGGUUUGGUCCCAUUCGCUUUUUUGUCCGUGCUUGCCUGCAGGCAGUCUCACAACUGAAAUUGAUCGAUCAGUUCAGAGUUCUCAACUCUUUAAAUUUUUGUAUCUCUGCAACCGCAUCGGUUUCCACAAAUCAACGACAGGUAGAGCUGACCACAGGCGAGGCCUACCCGCAAUAGAAUAGCGAAAAUACAACUGCUACCACCACUAUCACAGUAGGCAAACAAGGCGGAUGGCUUAUGUGACAACGACGACAGAACCAAUAAACAGAUAAAAAUCAAAUGGACUGUUGACUGUUCUCUACUACAGACGGCUCCAGGGGACAGCUCGUGCAUGCCUGGGACUUUUACCUAUUUGGAAUCAGUUCUGUUUCAGUUUGAUAGGUGGUGAAACCAGUUUCCGCGAAACGCCUGUGUUUCUCUAUUUCUCACAUAUAUAUUUGAUAAAAUGAGCAGUGAUAUCAAAUUGAGUAUUAGUGAAGACGGAUAUAGAAUGCACGGAACCGGUCAGCGGUUUUCAUUGGUCUCAGAUGAGGAAGACGACGAGCAGGGUGAAUUCUUUAGUUUCGAAGAACCAAACGAUCUAGAUCCGCUGACAGCGGAGUUGAAAAUCCGUGAAUCAAAUGAAGAGCUGAACGUGGAUAUUAACCGAAAUGAUCUGAGCGGCAAGGGGGGUGAACAAAAAUUGCAUGAAGCUGUUAAUGAAGAUAGUGAUUUGAUUAUAGAUAUAAGUAACGGUUUCAGCGAUAGUGUUUUCGACGGUGAUGAUUCACUGAUUGAUAACCGUCAGUUAGUUGAACCGGUAGUGAUCAGAGAGCAGGAUGAGGUUGACCAAAGCUACGAUAGUUACGCGGACAGCCAAAAAUCCGAUCAGGAUCAUCAUUCGUUCGAGCCGCACCGACAGUAUCAUCGCCUAUCGGUAUGUCACACCGGAGACGAGUUUAGCUCCGACGAGGAUGAAGCGUUUGUUGAGCUCCUGGAAAAGGCUAAUCACAUAGCGGAGGCUCGACUGGCAGCUCGACGGCAAGCACGUGCAGAAGCACGCGAAAUUCGUAUGCGUGAGCUUGAGCGGCAACAAAAAGAGCUGGAACAAAAUGCUGACCGUGUGUUCGAUCUGCAGCAGCAGUCCGCCGGCUUGUCGACGCCGGACUCGUCAUUGGGGACUCGAUCCACUCGCCUGACCGUCAACAGUCCCGCAGUUCGAGGAAGUUCACUGUCCUCCCGAAGGAGUAGCGAAGAUUCCCUGGAGGAAGAAGGCCGAAGUUUGCGGGACCUACGGCACGAGCUAAAGGAUGUAGAAGAACGUUUUCGCAAGGCCAUGGUUGCCAACGCCCAGUUGGACAAUGAACGUGCCUCGCAAAGCUACCAAAUUCAGCUACUAAAAGAUAAGCUGGAGGAAAUGGAAGAAUCGCACGCACAACUACAGCGAGAGUACAAGGAAAAAUGUCGGGAUCACGACAGCUUGAAACGAGCUAAUGACAAACUAUCUGAGGAGCUGAAACUAACUCAAGGGCAGCUUCAGGAACGAGACUCGCUAAUCGAAGAACAAGGAAUGGUAAUCGUGACAGUAGAAAACGAGGAUGGUUCUGACGCAAGACGUGCACUAGUCACAGUGGAGAACGCACAGCUGCUAGGAUCCGUGCAAGGCUCUUUGGAUGUAAGGCUCAAAAAAUUUACCGAGGAAAAACACGAACUGCAAAACGAAGUGCAGACACUGCAGCAGCAACUGAAAGACAUCAAAACCAAGGGCAGAAAGUAUGGCUCUAUCAACGGAGCGUUGGACGAUGAGGACUACGAGGACGCACAAAGAGAAGCCAAUAAACUAAUCACUGACUACAAAUACAAGCUACAAAAAGCAGAGCAGGAAAUUGCCAACCUGCAGGCCAGUUUGGCUCGAUCCGAGACGCAGGUGAUUCGAUACAGAAGUACCGCUGAGGCGGCAGAAAAAGCUGAAAGCGAUCUUAAAAUUGAGAGGAGAAAGCUGCAACGAGAGAAUCGCGAAGCCAUGGACCGCCUGGAAGAGUUGGAGACCUGCAACAACCACCUGUUGAAAAGACUCGAUAAACUGAAGAACGCAAAAAGUGCACUUUUGAAGGACCUCUGAUAGGUUUCAUUGUUUUCAAUUUUGUUUACCUUGAAUUUUAGAGAAAACGGUCAAAAUUUUGGUUGCAAAAUUCCAUUGUGUAGAGAACCAAUUUCGCUCAGUGAGUUCGUUUCCUGCAAUGUCUAUCAUAAAUUAAAUCGCAGAUUUUUUUAAAUAUUUAUUUUGGAGAUUGAGUCGCGUUGAUUUUCAAGGCAAAAACAUUUUUUCCGCUCAGCUGGUUGAUUUUGUAUGGCUUACAACUCGUGUUCUAAAACAUUGCCCGGGGCAGUAAUGCUAAAUUGCUGAACAGUUUCAGCUUUUCGCGUUGUAAUAUAGAGUUGUAUAAUAACGCAAAUAGUUAUUAUUGAUCCUUGUUUGUGGACUACCUUAGAAUUUACCAGUUAUGUAUAGUAAAUAAAAUUAAUUGAUUGUAAAAGUAUAGGUUUUUGUUUGCAGUAAUUAAUUGAACCUAUUAUCUAUGUGUUUAACAGACUAGUGUAAAUUGACACCGCAGAGAUUAGGCACUAUUAGGGCAAACAAUGAAAUAAACUGUGUAUAUCUGAAAUAAAUAGAUAUAAUGUGAAUAAGGCAACAUUUUUAAUAUAUAAUUUAUUUAAACAUAGCUGUUAAAGGGAAGUCACAUUGCAUCGAGCAGAAACAAAAUGUAGUUCUAAAGAAUGUCAACAUGAAAAAUAGCUAAUACGCGUUCUAGGACUGCAAAGACAAUUUUGGGAAAAGAAUUAUUUGCCAAAAAUAAGGCGUGUUUAAAUGCCCGUUAUACUAGAAAGUUGACGAAUUCCGUAAAAAGCAGAAGGGUGCAGUGAAAAUCAUGAUAAGAAGACAAACGAGGUAAGUUAAUAUGAUAGUUAGAAUUGUCAGGUAUAACAAAUUCAAUUUUUCUCUGUUAUUGACGCUCAUUGAUUAUACAUUUUUGGUUUCAGUAACAAUGUCUUUCCCAACAUGAUAUUGCCUUCCUAAGUUGUUGACUAUUUUGUAAAUAUAGAUAAAUCAGAAAAAUUACCAUAUGUAUACCUACCAACGUAGCUUCCGUAAACAAGUUUAAUUGCUCCUGCAGUCCAAUAAUGUUCACUUGACACCUUUUACAUACUCUUAAACUGCCAUAUUUUGCUGCUUUUUAUGUUUUGUUUUGUAAUGGCGCACGUUUUCUCUUAUAUCGUCAUUUAUCGUGUAUAUCUGAAGAAAUUAUUUGUAAAUUUCUAACCGUUAUCAGAUUUCUUUUCUAUCAAUGUGAGGCAAUGGAUAAAACAUAAGACCGCUUCUUUUACUGACUCCAGACAUACAAGUGCACGUCAGAAUGCAAGAAACAAAUUUCUAAUAGUGAAAAGUGUUGAGAACCUCGAUGGUAAUAGCAUACUAUCAAAAGCAGUCUUAAAAAUAAAAACUCAGCAUUACCAGCUCUGUGUUCUAUCCUUUUAUAAGGCUAGAAUGUUGUGUAUGUAUGACUAAAUUGGUACGUAGCUUUCGUUUGAAUUCCGAAUUGAAGUAAUAUGCAAGCAACAGUAGGUAUCAAAGGACACACGUGUAGUAACAAAGCUGUGCGCCAGUGGGCCAAACAAAUACAGAGAAAUAUACAAUUAAUAAAAUUACAA